CGCUCAUUAUCCUUACUUUACUUUUCUCUAUGAUGGAACCCCUCCCAUUGCUCUAGCCAUAAGCUAUGGCAGCUCCAGCUCACAACCACAAGGGCCCGCCCGCUCUGCGAGGCCAAAGUGGGCUCAACGGUCAACCUCCAUUCUAAUUAUGUUAGGGGUUCUUUUGCCUUUGCCGGAUCUAGAGAGAUACUAUAAGUCCUCCGUCCCAGAUUCCAUCACCACGACCAUCUGGUUCAUUAGUACUAUCAAAGAGUUUCAUGCUUACAUUACUGUUACUAAUGAUUUUAUUACCUUGGACCAUGAAGACCCCAGUCGUGCUUCUGGUUGGUUCAUAACAUCACAUUUGUCGCAUAACACUGCAAGAAUUCCUCUGAAAUUGAGCCUUUUAUCUGUUCUUGUUGAGAAG